AUGAAGAUAGUGGCCGGUUUUAUUAAAGGGCACGUUAGAAGAUUUUGGCAGAAAAGUACCGAUCAUCGUGGUACAGUUGAUAAACCCGGUUUAGUAGUAACUUUGAUACCGCACGAAGAAUGGAAAUUACUUGAUGAUUAUCAUUACAAUCACGAAGAUGAUGUGACUUGGGGCGUUGCUUAUAAAAUCCCUGACAAAGAUGUCGAAGAUGUCAAAGCGGAACUUGACUUCCGAGAGAGCGGAUACAUUUGUCGUCUGAUUGAUGUAUUUCAAAAUCAAAGCUCUGAACCUGUUGUAAAGAACGCGAUCGUCUAUAUCGCGACAAAAGACAAUGAAGAAUAUGUAGGUCCAGCACCCGUUGAAUCUAUUGCUCAGCAAAUCUUUACGUCACGUGGUCAAAGUGGUCCCAAUAUAGACUAUUUAAUAAAUCUCGCUAAAGCAUUACGAAUCAUCGCGCCCGAAUCACAAGAUCAUCAUUUAUUCGAUCUAGAAAAACGUGUCCUGGAAUUAAAACUCCAAAAACAAUUAUUGGACAAAAAGGCAUAUGAAAAAGUUCUACAGGACAAUCAACAAAUCCUGAAUAUUAAAAAUGAUGCUAAUGAUAAUUUUGAGCUAUCUUCUAAUUCCGUAUCAUCAAAAUCGUCAUCAUCACACUCAUGCUGCGCGAGUAUUAUGGAAUUCACGAGUUUUACACAUGUAUCUCGACGAAAAGAAAAUAAUUUACCAAUAACAUCAUCAUCGUCAUCCACAUUUAGCACCCCAUCAUUAUCGUUGUCACCACCCUCAAAUACUCUUGAUAGUAAUAAGGACAAUAAUAACAUUAGUAAACUAUAG